AUCCAAUCCCAACCUUAAAACCAUUGGAUCUUUUCCAUCUUUCAAGGCAGACAAUUUCAGCAAUGGCUCCACUAGUGUACUUCAGUUUCCGUAAGGUAUUCUUGCUUUAUAUUGCUUUCUUCGUGUUGAUUUCUCUGCUCUUUUGUGCCUCCAUUCAUAGCCACGAGCUUCAGACCACUCGGUCUUGGUCUGGUGAUGGAAGAAGAUUGUUAGAGCUAGAUGAAGAAGACGAGCAGCUGUUGUUGAAGAAGAAAAGCUCCAGUUUAUCCCCCAAGAAGAACGAAACCAUGCUCAUCAAAUCAUCCAACUUAUCAACCAAAAACCAAACCAAGCUUAUCAAAUCAUUGAAUAUAUCCACAAAAAACCAAACCAAACUAUUGAAAUCGCCAUCAAAUUUGUCGGCGAAGAACCAUACCAAGCUUUCGAAAACUACCAAUUCAACAAAAUCAUUAUCAAAUUUGUCGCUCAGUUCGAUUCCCAAGCUCAAGAAACUCAACUCCACAGCAUCAAAAGCCACCAAUUCCUCCAAGAUCACAAAAACCUCGGAUCUACUCAAACUAAGCCCUUCCAAGAACAAAACCACCACAAAAACACUGACCGACAGUGCUGCUCAAUCUUCAAAAACUCAAAAGAGCUCAAUCCAAGGGAAAACAACAACCCAGAUUCAGAAACAACAGAGAAAGCAACCCAGUUGGAUGGACGAGGAAGAUGAAUCCGAUUUAGUUGCUGAGUUCCGAGAUCUCCCGACCAAGUUCCAGGAAAACCUUAUCCCAGACCUUGAGAGAAUCUCGAAAACCUCAAAAGUUUACAUCACGAAAUACAACAAAGAGUUCACGAAACAGUUCAAACCAUAUGUCGGCAACAAACAUGCCCCUACGAUUGCCACUGUAAUCUCUUGUGCUUUCCUUUUACUCCCGUUACUGUUAGUUUCCCUCAUCUUUAACCGCAUCAAAGCUUACUUUUCACUCCAAAAGAUGCUCAUUUUCAUCCAAAUUUACCUCUCGAUUUACUUCUCGAUCCUCUGCCUUACUUCACUCGUCACUGGUCUCGAGCCAUUGAAGUUUUUCUACGCUACUUCGCCCUCGACCUACGUGUGUUUACAGGUCCUUCAAACACUCGGAUACGUGCUUUACUUGCUGCUGCUUUUGAUGUAUCUGAUUCUUGUUUUCUCAACCGUGUCGGGUCUCGGAUCCAAGAUGUUGGGUUUGGGUCAAAUUUUCGUCGGGUUCGCCGUCGGGUUGCAUUACUACGUGGCGGUGUUUCAUAGGGUGGUGUUGCAUCAACCGCCCAAGACGAAUUGGAAGGUACAUGGGAUGUACGCCACGUGUUUUCUUGUGAUUUGUCUGUUUGCUACAGCUGAUAGGAGAAAGAAGGCUUACUUGGAAGAAGGUGGUGAAGAGGGAAAGAAAAAUUAAUUAAUUAUUUUCUUGGAGUACAUUAUUAUUAUUAUUUUUAUUAUUAU